CACUCUCUGGAAUUUUCUGUCCGAUGAGGAUCAACCAAGAGUGGGAGGAGGAAAGUCCGCCACUUCUGGAGCCGCAUCGUUCAGCACAUCUGGAAGCAGUUUAUGUGGCUCUCUCCACAUAAACUCCAGCAGGGCAAGGUCUGGAUUCUGGGUAGCUACGUAGCAGCAAAGGAAGGGAAGAAAAAUCAGUCCCAAGUCAACCACAAAAGAAUUUUGAAAGACACUUCUCCAUCAAAGUACUUUUGCAGGAACUGCAGAGCACCUUCAAGACUCUCGGCUGCAGGAUUUCAACAACGAUCCCAUGAAAGGGGAAGUUCUGGAGUGAAUGUUUACGGCACUGGACCAUCCAGCUACCUAGGGAACUUGCCUUGCAGUUAUUUCUUUCUGGAGAAAAUUCCCUAUUGCCGAGCUGCCUUUGAAAGGUAAAACAUUUUAUUCUGCAGGAAAUUAUGGCAGUCACAAUUUCCGUUUCUGCUCCCUUGCUGCACUCUCUAGUUUUGUCAUACUAUCUUGCAAUUGUGUCUGGAGAUUGUCAAUAUUCAGUAACCAUUUCCCAAGUGUUCCAGUAAAUGUGUUAAAAGCAAUGAGCUGACAUGAUCUCAUUUUCCAAAAAUGAAAACUCCUCCCCCCCACACACAUAUUAAACAAAUAGCGCUGUGUUUUUUACUAUGGGUCUCCUAAAGUUCAGAUCCUAGAUUUUAGAAUCUGGUGCAAGUUACACAGAUUAAGGUUGUUUUAUGCGAAAACACUUGUAGCUUCAAUGACUGCAGAUGGUUUGGGACACCAGCGAUGUUUUAUUUACUUACAGUAAUUAUUGAGUAGAAUUUCCAUGCCUGAAAAUGGAAAAUGCAUGUUUCUUGCGUGCCAAAAGAGAGGUUUCAGAUAUAUGAUAUUUUCUUGGAUCAAAAUGAGUUAGUUCUUUGUGCGUGUUACUGAAACCUGGUUGUAUAUGCAGUUCUGAGAGCACUGUUUGGCAGGGGAUCUCUCCACACGGGGAUUUAUUUGUUUAUUCUUGUGGUGAGCAAACCCUCCCAAAUUCUAUCCUUUCUUUUUGGACAACCCCCAUGGGAAUUACCUCAUAUCUCUCUCUCUCUCUCUCUCUCUCUCUCUCUCUGUGUGUGUGUGUGUGUGUGUGACAAAGAGAGAAAGAGAGUCAGAAAAAAUAGAAUUUAGGAAAAUAGAACAAUAUAAAAGAUUUAAAAUCCAGAUAAAGCUAACAUAUAUUGUUUUUGUAUUUACUAAAACUACUAAAAAAAGAGUAAGCAUUAUUGAUUAAAUUAAAAGUAGGAGAUACAUGUCAGAAUGAAUUUAUGCCCUUAAAACUAAGAAUCACCACAAUUGUCUGAAAUGGAUUCCAGAUAUUUUUGGGUAAAGCUGGAGGCCUUCACUGCAAAAGCAAAUGCUACCUUCUAAGUUGUGAACUGAUAAGUUCCUUGUAACAGAAAGCUUAAUUUUUCAUUCUGCAAUAUUUCAGGAAAAAAAUCUCUACAGAUUUGGGGAACAUGUAAUUACAGUAUUGAUGAAUCACCAUAAGAGACAAUAUCAUCUUAUUAUAGAAAAUCAAAUAUAGGAUCAUAAAAAAACUUUUCAAAUGAGAAUUAUUAAAAAAUUUCAUAAUUUUAUGGCUAGAGCUGUGGCAAGUAAUGCCAUCUCUGAGUAAUUUUUUAUUUCCUUUAAAUGGUGGCUGAAUCUGAUGCUGGUUAAAUAGCUGAAAUCAAUGUAAACACAGACCCAAGCAAUUAUUUCCAAGCACAGUUCUUCCAAAGCACCUGCUCUGUAGAUAAGACACAAAGCUGAGAUUCACAACUACAGGCCUCUAUAAGCAUAGAUGGCAUUAUUCAGUCUUGUGAAGGCCUUUCAUGAUCCCCCCAUGUUUUUUUUCCUUUAUAGAACUUAGUCAAAGUGAAUGGUUGCUAGAGGCAAAGGAAAGAGUUUAAAGAAUUAAAUGGAACUAUGUGGGGGUCCAGCCUUCGGGAAGUUGUUCUCUGGGGAGUUGUUCUCUGGGGGACUUUUGCCUUUGUUAUGAGGAAAAAAACUGCUCCUUUUCCCUUAUGAGGUACCCAAAAUCCCAUCCUUUUGUAGGUUCUCUGUCGGUAGGAGAAAAUAACAGAGACCCACCAGAGAAUAUUGAGAAGCAAAGCCGCUGGUAAGCCCAAUCUUUAUUAAAGCUGUUGAAACAGGGUCCUCCCCCAUACACACACAGGAGUGGGGGAGGGACCCCAAGCCAUGCGCGCAAGCCCUUAUAUAUACAUUUUAAAUUGCCCGCCCUGGAGUCCAAGACCACCCCCCAGAAACAUCAUACAUACAUCACAGAAGGGGUGUGGCCCAAGACCACCCCCUUAAUACAUCAGAGAAGGGGCGGAAAUCUGGGUGUGUUGUUUCUUCCUGUCUGCCAGGUUACCUGAUUGGAUAACCUGGGCAUUGUGGCCACUCUUUUGUUGUGAUAACUACUCAAUUCCUGAAUCCAGGUCACAGGUCUACACCCUAUUCAUAUCUUAAAUGUGCCCUUUAGACAGGAUUUGUGAAAGAGACAAUGGGGAGAUUUCGCAUUUCCAUCGACCUUGCAGAGAAGUAUUUUAGGUCAUUUUGGGAGAGAGAAAAUUGUUUCAGGACUUUUCUGUAGGUUUCAGACAUGUGGUUUACAUAUUUGUAUGUGUUUGCUUGGUACAUUUAUGAACAACCAGGUGGCUGGUUCUCAGAAUCCCCACUCAAAGUUGUAGCUCCUCUUAUGGUACCAUUCUCAGACUCAGGCUGAGACUAACAUAAGCUCAAGUUUUGCUGUAUACAGAGACAAUAUAGAAACUGGUUCAAGUGUAGAUAUAUCAAGUCAAAACAAAUGCAUGUAUCACUCUCACAGCUCAGGUAUAUAUAGUCAGGCCAUAAGCUGGAUCAUUUUGCCCCAUGGUUUAUAUUAAGGGAUAUAACAGAGGAACAAGAAGAUUGUGCAGGUGAGGGUAAUGGAUUCAACCCAUACAGAGUAACCUUGCAUGAAUGGAAAGAAAGCAGAUGUGGUAGGUAUUGCACCACAGUGAGGGCUCAGAAAGAUGUUCACGUCUUUCCUACAUCUUCUCAAAAAGGACCACUUCACAUUUGUGGCUCUGUAUUGAAGAAUAAGACCAAGUUAUAUUCUUUACCUUUCUUUUAAUGGCAGAGGGUUAAAUGCAUUGAGUUUGCUCCUGGAAUGCACCUCUACCUCUGCUGGGUAGAUUUAAGAUGCUUUCCAUUCAAGUCAAAGGCAAAACCUAACGUUAUUGGGGUUUCAGCCAGUAACGUUUAGUACAUACUAAAUGUGGAUUAUUUUUGCCUUCUCAUCUUUGUCUCCUAUUUCUUCUUUCGAACACAGAUUGAGACCAAAAGAAAGGACCGUAUGGCUCUCUUACGAAAAAGUAAGACACCUUCGGGGGCAGGGAGUUGAUUUAAAUAAUUAGAUCCCUGGUUUGGAACUGAAGUCUGUAGAAGAGUCCCUGCUAGUGGUAGGGGGGUGAGAAGUUUUUGAAUAUCUGCAGUGUUGCCCAUAGAUGGUUGCAGAGGUUGGCAGCAAGGCAACAGUGAGCAGCAUCCGGUGUUCAGUAUCAGGACCUGCGACAGCACACUGAGGGAGCUAAGACCUUCCCCUUUCCACCUCAUGCUGCUGCUUCCAAGUGGGAUGAUGAGUCAGCCUAGUAGCAGGAGAAGCAAGGGAAGGAGGUCAGAAGUGGCCAUCUGCUAGUCUGGGAAUCAGCUGCUGCCACCCCAUCCUAGCUGACUCUUCAUGCUAAUCAAUAGCAGCAGAUUACCAGGCCAGCCGCCUUCCCAUGCUCCAAACUGGUGGCAGUCAAAACUGGCUGGUGAGGAAGAAGGUAGCCAGUAGCAGCACUGGCAAGUCUGGGGGUCCGGAUGCUCAGGGGCAGGGGCCCCAGGACCGGCAGGUGGAGGAGCCAGGAGCCAGCAGAGCAAGGUGGCUGCUGGGGUGCUGCUGUGGCCUGUUUUAGCUGUCGCUCUAUGGCUGUCCUGGGCUACUCAUCCACUGCCUCUUGUCAUAUUGUAGUUUGCAACGCCAACUGUCUUUGGCCAAACAAACUGUAGUGUGAUGAUACUCUUAUGUUUUUAUUAUAUGUAGGAAAUCUAUCGAGGUUUAUUUAAUGGAGUAAACCUCAUCGAGACCAUACUUCUGAGCAAAUAAGAUUACACUGUCAAGUUGUCACCUGAAAUACACUAAAGUCCCAUCAAAUUCUGAGUAAACAUGCUAAGGAUUGUUACUGUGAAUAUAAUAUUAUUAACCAGCUUCUUUUCCAUUUCAGUUAAUCAGAUCCUACUGUUCCUUCUUGUUUUGACUCUCUGUGCCAUUCUAUAUAAUAAAGUUCACAAGAUGCCAUCCACCAUGCUCAAGAAUGAUCCAGGUAGGCCCCUAUAGUUAGAAUCUGUUUCUUUUUGUACAUUGCCAAGACUGAAUAAUUUCUGUUUGUAAUACAGGAUAAUAGAAUCCAUGCUUCUGUCGCUUUCCCUGUUGAUAUUGUUUCUGUACCCGUUUUAGCUCUUAGUGGCUGACAAUAUUUCAGGCCUAGUUGCCAUAUUUCCUUAUACUGAUGUUCUUACAUGGGAUAAGAAAGUGACUUCUGCAUAGGUGUGAGCGCAGGUACAAUAUCAGAAGGAAAUACAGCAGCCAGGAAUAUCAGGUAUACGAAAUAUAACAAACCCAAGUGGCACAUUAGGAGAUAAACAUGCCAAUUUCAUUUAGACUGUCUUAUUUAUUUAUUUAUUUAUUUAUUUAUUUAUUGUUUGUUUGUUUGUUUGUUUGUUUGCUGAUCUAUUUAUGCAUACAUACAUUCUAUACCACUAAAUCAAUAAAAAAUAUAUUCUCAAAGUGGUGUGCAUAAAAUCAAUAUGAAACUAAAGGUAAAAGCAUAAAGAAGCAAAUAACAGAACAACAGAAAGCAGGGUCAUGUGGCAAGGUAAAAAGGUAAAGGGAACCCUGACCAUUAGGUCCAGUCGUGACCGACUCUGGGGUUGCACGCUCAUCUCGCUCUAUAGGCUGAGGGAGCCGGCGUUUGUCCGCAGACAGCUUCUGGGUCAUGUGGCCAGCAUGACUAAGCCGCUUCUGGUGAACCAGAGCAGCACACAGAAACACUGUUUACCUUCCCGCUGGAGCGAUACCUAUUUAUCUACUUGCACAUGACAUGCUUUCAAACUGCUAGGUUGCCAGGAGCAGGGACCGAGCAACAGGAGCUCACCCCAUUGCAGGGAUUCGAACUGCCGACCUUCUGAUCGGCGAGUCUUAGGCUCUGUGGUUUAACCCACAGCGCCACACGCGCUGUGUAAGGUAACCUUGUGUAAAUAACAAUGUUUUAAAGUGGCAUCUGAAACUAAACACAGAAUAUGCCUGCCUAAUAUAAAAGGGCAGUGAAUUCCACAAACUUAGAUACUCAGAUAGAAUUGACUUUCAGCAACACUGUCAGGGAUUCUUUAGCUGACAUUCUUGCAUUGCAGGCAGGAAGAUUAGAUGCCUCUUGGGGUCCCUCCCAGCCCUAAAAUUCUAUUAUUCUGUGAACACUACUCUCUACCCCACUCUUUAAGGGACUUCCAUAAAGUGCUAGUUGUAGCAGAACGAUAUAAAUUGUGUGUAAUAACACAUAUGGUGGUGGUUGUUACUCUUUUUAUUGUUAUUCUUACCAGUUGAUUUGGAGAGCCCUGAGGAAAUGGAAGAGGAAAUCCCUGUGGUGAUAUGUGCUGCUGCAGGCAGAAUGGGUGCAGCGAUAGCAGCAAUCAGCAGCAUUUACAGCAACACCGAUUCCAAUGUCUUGUUCUACGUAGUUGGACUAAAGAAUGGCAUUCCGCAUAUCAGGUGAAAAUAAUGUGAUGGGGAAAUACAGGGCUCAAUUCUGUGCUUAGGAUCCGGCCGCUGAAGAGCCAUGUAACUUGUUGGAUGCCCACGUGGGAAUGGCUGAGGAAGCAGAGCAGUAGGAGUCCUGCUGGGAUGCUGUCUAAGCAGUCAAAAGACAAUGAGCUGUUUCCUCAACUCACGUUCUAGUAUGUGACAAUGCAGGGAAAAACUAUGUCUAAAGCUUAGUAUACUGGUGAGCCAGCUGAGCAAGGGGCAGAAGAUCAAAUAUCCUCAUCCCAGGACCUGUUGGAAUUCCAUAUGGAAGGUCACACCAGUAAGCUGAAACACUGGACACUUCAGGUGACUGAAGAAUGUCAUUUGGAGUGCAGAGUUUGGAAGGACUUAGAAAUUGCCCGUAAUAUUUUCUCCCACUAUUCCAUAUUCCACCAUAUUGCAGAAAAAGUACCGUGUGUAGAGAAAUGGAGUGGGCAAUAUGACCAGGGAUAAGGGGAUAGAAUGAGCAGCAAGGGAUGCAACAAAGACACUCAUUGCUUAAGGUGUUCUGUCAUAUAUUCCUUUCUCUCUCUCUUUUGCUUCUAGAAAGUGGAUUGAAAAUUCCAAGCUGAAAGAUAUAAGGUUUAAAAUUGUGGAAUUCAACCCCAUGGUGCUAAAAGGGAAAAUGAGGCCAGAUGCAGCACGGCCCGAGUUACUUCAACCUGUGAGUAUACAGACGCCCGUAGACUGGGGGUCUCCAAACUUUUUGGGCCAGCAGGCAUCUUUCAAAUUUCUGUGGGCACCAGUCGCAAAAUGUCUACCCUGGGGCACAUAGCAUAACACGAAAGGAGAGGAGUACAGUCAUUGCUGCUCCCUUCCCAACAAGCUCAUUGUUUGUGGUGGGAAGUUAUCUGUGCUCUUCUGGUCCUGGUAGUGGAAAACUAUUAGGCAGUGCUGUUGCUGCCUAAUAACAGCAGGGAGGACCAGGGAAAAAUACACAUUCAUGGUCUCUUGUACAUACAGUGCGUGUGCAUGCACACACUCCCUGGACACAUACAAGCUACAGACACACAUGCAUCUCUGUGUCUCUCUCACAGACUUAAGCACUUCACAUAUAAACAGCCACACAGACAUAUCUCCUUCACUCUCCUCCCAAAUACACAAACUGCACAUGCAUCUCUCUCUCUCUCUCUCCCCGCCCCCUCUCUCUCCCCCCAAGUGCACACAGAGAGCAUAACUGAGCACACCCUCACCCUAUCUAGAAAAGCCCUUCCAAUCUCCCUGCAACCAAAUCAGCCUGAAAUAUCAAAAAGAUUGACUGGGAGUGACCUAAAUCUCUGCUGCAUACUGCCUUCAUCAGAUCACACACCUGUGAGUGAUGCUGGGACAAAGAAACAAUGGCGACUCCUGCUUUCUGAAAACACAAAGGCUAGUCGCUUUGCCUCCACCACUGAGGACUGGAGAGUUAAUGUUUUUCAGGCAGGUUUUAGUCCAAUAAACAUUGUUUUUUUUAUAACUUAAACCAGCAAAACACACAGACACACCCCUGUGCAUUAUGUGUUAUUAGAAUGCACUCUAUCCCCAACAGGAUAUUGCCUGAAUGAUGAAUAUUUUAAACUGGACAUACGAAAUAUAAUGUUGAAUGUCUUAUGUCUUCUACUUUGCUGACUCCCUUUUUAAUUUCAACAGCUAAACUUUGUGCGGUUUUACCUCCCCCUGCUUAUUCAUGAACAUGAAAAAGUGAUAUAUCUCGACGAUGAUGUGAUUGUGCAAGGUAGGUUUGUCCAGAAAAAUAAGCCCUAGAAGGUUGAAAAUCCCAACUAAAGCCUAUAUUCUGUAGGUCUAUCAUCACCAGAAAUGAGAUCUGGAAUGGAUUCCUUUGCUCAGCCCUGUACCCCAAAUUUUGAAAACAGAGGUAGUAAUGCUACCAGAGCCGUCUUUCCCAUAGGGCUUAGUGGUGCGUUGUGCCAGGGUGGCAGCCUUGCGGGGCGCCCAAGCAAGUGGGGGAGCUGCACGGCUUUGCCAGCAGCCUCCCGUUUCCCUACAUGCCCACCAGCUGCGCCCCACCAAACAUAAGGCUGGCGGGUGUGCAGCUUCCCUCCGAUGCCUCUGUGGGGAUUGCUCUCCUCCCGAGGAGGCUUGGGAGGGAAGCUGCGCCCCCCGAUGGCUGGCAGUGUGCAGCUAUGGCCACCACAACACUAUCCGUGGUAAUUUGGGGGCACUGGGUGGAUAAUUGCACCCUGGCGCUGCAUUGGCUAAAGACGGCCUUGAAUGCUACACACCGAAAUCCUUAGAGGGUAGCAGGUUUUUGCAUCAGAAACAGGUGAGCAGUAAAGACCGCUAACAUAGCAAUGCAUACAGACUUAUGGGGCUUCUGAAUAAGCCUGGCUUUUCUUUAGGUGACAUCCAAGAUCUGUAUGACACCAAACUAGCCCGUGGGCAUGCGGCAGCUUUUUCGGAUGACUGUGAUUUGCCUUCCACUCAUGAAAUUGUGAGAAGCAUUGGAAUGCAGGUAAGAAGUCCUUGCAGCGGGCAUUGGAAAAAUUGGAUUUCUGGUGCUGCACUGGUAUGAGGGAGGCAGGCUGAGAAACCUGCAGACCUUCUGGGAGAGCUCCAUAAAAAGCCUGCAGAAAAUCAGAGGUGCUUGUCACAAGGUGUUAUCAGCACAAUGGGAAUGAGCUAUUUAAUUGACUUUCAGGCUGCAUAGCCUGUGUGACUCUUUACUACUUGCAUCAAGCAAUGGAUUCUGCAAUUAUAUUUUAUUUUCCAUGUUCACAAUGUUGUCUUUCAAUCUGUUGUGACCCACCAUAUGAAUCCUAAUAAAAUAAAAAUAAAUACAAGCUAAUAAACUUGCCUCUCCAAGUCCUUUUACAGCUACAAACAUGUCUUCUGUUCUCUUCCUCCACUACCACCCCCUGCCCUAAAAACCUGGGACAUGGAAUGAGCUAGUACCACUCACAAAUAUAAAAUUUUGAGAAUAUCUAGGUUAAUUUAUAGUAAUCACAUGUUUUGUUCUUCCCCCUAGAAUACCUAUAUGGGGUUUCUGGACUACCGAAAACAAACAAUCCGAGAUCUUGGCAUAAGUCCCAGCACAUGUUCCUUUAAUCCUGGUGUCAUUGUUGCAAAUAUGACGGAAUGGAAGCAUCAACGAAUCACAAAGCAAUUAGAAAAAUGGAUGCAGAAAAAUGUAGAGUAUGUAUAAACAGUGUGUGCGCUCUCGCUCUCUCUCUCUCUCUCUCUCUCUCUCUCACCUGGGUCUGGUGUGGACUAGCAUACGCACUGCAAAUUCUCUGCUUGGUGUUCACAGCAGGCUAGCUUGGGUGUUAUGGUUGCGCCAGCAAUACACUCAGCAUUUGAAUGGACCAUUAAAGGUGAUCAAUGUGAUAGCUUUCUCAUAUGCACCCUAGGAGUGCAUAUGAUUCUGAUGUUUUUUGUUGUUGUUUUUUAAAUCUCAGUAUCAUCACAAAAAGCCCAGUUUUCAAGUCAAUGAUGUAGCAGACUAAAGCCACCCCAGGGUAUUGUCUAAAGGCACAUGAGGUCACCAGCUUCCUGAGGCUAAGCAGGUCUGGGUCUGGCCAGUGCUGGCUGUAGCAACACCUCAGGUUCCAAGAUAGAAAAGAAGCAGCUUAUAAAUGCAAGAAAAUUAAAUCAGCUUCCUUCAGCACAUCCUUUUGGAAUGAAGGAAUAUGCUCAGAGAGUUUAUCAAUGAUAGCAUUUAUACUAUCAUGUAAUAUUCUGGACUUGCAAUCUUAAAUGAAAAGGAAUCCUAAGGUUCAGUUUCACAACUAUUUCAAAAGCUCUUCUCAUCUAAAUGAAUUGUGCUGUGCCUUGCUAUUCAUUGAAAAGGUAUUCUAAACAGAUCUUUCAAUUCCCGUUGAUAUAUUUUUCAGAGAAAAUCUGUACAGCAGCACUCUUGCUGGAGGUGUGGCCACUUCUCCAAUGCUCAUUGUAUUCCAUGAGAAAUAUUCACAUAUUAAUCCUUUAUGGCAUAUCCGACAUCUAGGUAAGUUUGAGACUUGAGUUGUGCAAGCUGAAACAAAAAUGCAAAAGGCCUUUAAGGGUUCCUUAGAAUGAUAUUGUAUUUGCUUCUUGCUACUGCUAACCUAGCAGUUCAAAAGCAUGUCAAAGUGCAAGUACAGUGGUGCCUCGCAAGACGAAUGCCUCACAAGACGAAAACCGCGCAAGACGAAAGAGUUUUCCGUUUUUUGAGUCGUUCCGCAAGACAAAUUUCCCUAUGGGCUUGCUUCGCAAGACGAAACGUCUUGCAAGUUCUUGCGAGUUUGUUUCCUUUUUCUUAAAGCCGCUAAGCCAUUAAUAGCCGCUAAGCCGCUAAUAGCCGUGCUUCGCAAGAUGAAAAAAUCGCGGAACGGAUUAAUUUCGUCUUGCGAGGCACCACUGUAGAUAAAUAGGUACUGCUCUGGCAGGAAGGUAAACGGCGUUUCCGUGUGCUGCUCUGGUUCGCCAGAAGCGGCUUAAGUAAUGCUGGCCACAUGACCCGGAAGCUGUCUGCGGACAAACGCCGGCUCCCUCAGCCUAUAGAACGAGAUGAGCGGCGCAACCCCAGAGUUGUCCACGACUAGACCUAAUGGUCGGGGGUACCUUUACCUUUACCACACCUGUAUAGUUUGAAGCCGGGCAGACUGUAAGAGACAGCACAUACAUCAGAUUUCUUCUUUGCAAAUUAAAUCUGUUGUUCUCCCAAGACUGUGGUGCAAAUGGGGCAUGGCAGGGAGAUGAAAUCCUGGUACACAGGUAAAGUUCCUUUAUGGUGCACAGGUACAGCUUUCUGGAAUUAUUUAAAUAUAGCUAUGGAGUGUGAACAAGCCAUAGUUAAGUAUUUACUGUAAUCCUAUGCCCACUUAUCUGGGAGCAAGUCCUGCUGAACUCAAUGGGACUUACUUCUGAGUAGACAUGGAUGGGAUGGUGCUGCAAAUGACAGAGUGUUAAGCAAGUGUUUAUGAUGAACUGGAGGAAAGCUGCACUAUUUUGUUUAAAGAGUGAAGAGUUUUCCAGUAAGGGCUCUAUAAAAAUCUUAUCUAAUUUCCCCCCCUAUAGGCUGGAGCCCAGAUGCCAGGUACUCAGAGCACUUUCUUAAUGAAGCCAAGUUACUUCACUGGAAUGGAAGAUACAAGCCUUGGGAUCACCCUAGUGUUCACACUGACCUAUGGGAAAAGUGGUUUGUUCCUGACCCUUCAGGAACCUUUAAAUUGAUUCGUCCUAAUAGCUGAUGCUGUCAUUUACAUUUUUAAAGGAUCAGGGUCAGUCAUUUGCAGCAUGCACAAGAUACUUCAUUCUAUGCAAUAUUUUGCGAUGCGAGUUCACCUCCUUUGUUGCAUAUAAAGCCGCUGCAUAAGUCUGUAACUAAAAGCAUGGCUCAAAACGAACAGUUCAUUGGGGCCCUGAUGAAACAAUCACAGUUUGGGGAAGCUUCAAGUCAUGCCAUUAGGGCUACAAGGCUUAAGGAAAGUACUUUAUAAAAACAGGGACUACAUUUUAAGUCAUACUCUGUAAAUAAAGUUUGUUUCUUGCUGAGAGACCAAAUACUGUUUUUUGCAGACUGUAACACUUUUUGAAUAAAAAUAAGGUUUACUUUAAGUAUACAUUAUGAAGUCAAACUAAAACCAAAAUUAAACAUCCGUUCUUUUAUUUAUUUCAAAUAAUUUAUCCAUUUCUUCUUUUCAACAGCACAAACAAUUCAGCAUUAAGACUUUUAUUAAACAAUGCCACAAUUAAGCACCAGAAGAUACUGCAACAAUUCCUGGUUUGUUUUUUGCAAGAAAUUGGCAGAUCAGAAGUGUUCAAUACAAUUUUUAAAAGCACCAUGUUUGACAAUAGACGUGCAUUCACAUUUCAUUAACCUGUUGGUAAUCUAAUGGAUUCUCUUUUAAGUAAGAUGUUCCCCUUUCACACUUAACUAAAGUUACUACUGAGCUGUCCACCACCUGUGGCAAUAUAGCUUUGUUAAAACUAAAAAUUGUUUCAGAUCCCUGAUGCAAGGCACUUCAAGCACUUGCAAGAAAGUGUCCAUGUAAACAGCGAUACAUUAAAAAAACCCUUAAAAAACCUAAGGCUGUAAUCCUGAACACACUUACUAGGGAGUAAAUCCCACUGAACACAGGAGGGCUUAAUUAUGAGUAAACAUGCAUAGGACUGUGCUGCAAGUGAAUCAUUUAUAGAUUGUUGACCAGGUGAUGAAAAGUUUCCACAGCAACUAACCGACAUGAUCAGAACCAGAAUAUACACCUCAAUCUUAUUAUUUUUUAAAAAACAACAAUGUUGUAUUUGUGGAUUAAAGCACAUGAUUUUGGAGGGAGAUCACAAACAUGCUUAUCUCUCAAUGAGCAGCAAGUCAAAACACUACAUAAGGUUCAAAGCUGCUAGCAAGCUAUGGAUCUACUUUAAAUUGAUCCACUCAAACCAUUGUUCCUGAUCCAAACACACACAAGACAUUUUUAAAUAAAUCCAGCUGUUUGUGGCAUACUUAAAUAGUGAUCUAGACUAUGUACACAUUAUGGAGACACAGUUCUUGCGCAUAAUUCAAGUAUCCGAAGCACCUAAUCAGCAGAUGAUCAAAACUUCAGUUUGAUCCUCUUAUUGCUUUUACUUUUAAGCCAUCUCUUCCCCACUUGUGACAAAAAGGAGGUGCGGGGAAGAGAGAAGGAAGCAAGAUAUUAGGCACAGACAGAACAAAUACUCCCAACAUCAAUUUAAGUUUAUCCAAAGACAAUGAGCACGAUCCACUUGCAUUGUGGGCUCAAAACUUGCAAGCAAAGAAUUCCAACAGAGCUAAAACGGAGGCUGUUUUCUCCCUCCUUCACUUGUGCAUACAAGGCAGUGCGAAGGAAUGUUAGAGGGGAAAGGGACACAUCUCCUUCACUUAUACCCAAACUUUUGCAAGGCAUGGAGAGAAGGGGCUCAAUAGGUCUGUGGAAAUGCACAGAGACUUCCCAUUUCUCCCAACACCGUAGCACUGCCUGUAUGAGUAGCCAUGAGUAGGAGGGGAGGACAGGGCAAGCUUACUGAAAUCUUCCAUAUGCAGGUGCUGUGUCUGCAAUGCAAUGUCACUGUGCCCCAAACCAUUAGGAAAUGUUUUGUAGUUGGGUAAUUAUGUCCAUUUCCUAGGGUAGGCUUGUAGCUGCCUGAAUGUCACACCACCACCACCAUCGUUUUGGCCAGCAAGAUGUGGAAUGUGAUGUUUCCUAAAAAUGAAAAAUGCUGAAUUCUGGUGAAGCUUCUUCAGAUCAACCCUCUUUUGCCCCCAGUUCCUUUCCAAUGUUUUCCUCCUCCUGUGGCAUGUAUGUAUUUAAAAAGCCUAUACAGUGGAACCUUGGUUCUCAAACGGCUUAGUUGUCGAACAAAUUGGCUCCUGAACGCCACAAACCUGGAAGUAAGUGUUCCAGUUUGCAAAUGUUUUUCGGAAGCCGAAUCUCUAACACGGAUUCCGCUUGAGUGCAGGAAGCUCCUGCAGCCAAUAAGAAGCAGUGCCUUGGUUUUUGAACAGUUUCAGAAGUUGAACUGACUCCUGGAACAGAUUAAGUCCGAGAACCAAGGUACCACUGUACAGAGCAUACAUAUUUCCUUCUUAAGGUGGUUCUCUAUUCUGGCCAAAAGUUCUCUUGAAACACUAAAUCAGGGUUGGGGAUCAUGUGCUGUUCAAUAUAUUGUUGGGCUACAACUCCAAUCAUCCUGGACCAUUGCAUGUCAUCCUGGACAUGCAAUGCGGGGCUGAUGGGAUUUGGAUUCCAAAAACAUCUGGAUGACCACAUGUUCCCUAGCCCUAAAUCCCCACCACUAUAUCUUUCCAUUCCAAGAGCUACACUACUAGCCAUUCCCCACCAGCAGCUCAACCUUCAGAGGGCAGGCAGAAGGGAACACACAAAAUGUGGCAGUUACAGCAUUCCCCUCCAUCUUCCUGAGAUAAGUGGCUAUGAGAUCGAGGUAUUAAACUCUCAGAAACAUGUGCACAGUCUCCUCAUACCUCUCUUCUUUACACACACACUUUCUCUCACACACUAAGGAAUUGUUCACACAUGCAUGUUUAUCAUGGGCCAUCAAAGACAAUCCACUGGAGGCAGGAUUUCCAUUUCUCACAAGGAAAGCUUUUUAAGGCUGAGCCAGAAGCAGUAAAGGGAGGCCUGAACAAAGGCAUGUGCUAGGAUAAUCUUAGCUCAGAACUGAAAGAAGUGCUACAACUUUCAGUUGUUUUUCAGAGAUCACUGUGAAAGGCUGUUAAAAUGUUGAUUUUAGAAUCCCUUAUGGGCCAAGAUUAUCCUCAAAAUCUGAAUCUGAAGCAGUGCCCUUACACUAAGGAGAACCCACUUGCUCUUAGUGACAUCAGCAAGCAGUCAAAUCUGACCAGCUGCACAGCACUGUAAUGUCACCACAUCCAGUAUAUAAUCCCUGAUUGACUGGGAUCACUUGAGGAUGAAUGAAAUGGAGAGUGUGAAAAUGCCAGCUGAAAUAGCAGCAGAUAUUAAACAACAACAAUAGGAUGAAGGUGCUCGGCCCCCAUAAAGUAACAGAGGAGAGACCUGGUGAUCAUUUGGUUCAACCCUUAUGCUUUUCAAUGGUGGCAGGUCACACAUUCAAGUGGCAGUAGUCAAAUGAUGUACAUACAUGCCUGCACGCUACUUUCUGCCAUAAAAACAAGCCUCCUUCACACCAGAGGCAGGCCUACAACUAUGUGUAACAGAUUUGCUGGACAAUAACUUGCUAUGUCACUUCCAGUAACAAUGUUAGAUCUACAAGCAGCUUUCCCUCUCCUUAGAUGGACUAACACACGUAUGAAAUAUCCCAACACAUGAAGGGAUAGGUUAAAAAUGUACGUUCACAAACUACAUUACAAAAUACAGAUUUAAAACAAAACAAAACAAAAAGUUUUCACCAAUGAGAAGUCAAGUUUUCUAAAACUGCAACUAUGGAACCAUUUAAAUACAAAAGUCUCAUACAAAAUAAGAAAGAAAGAGAAAGAAACAGGGAAGCCUCAUCUCUUAAAAAACAUUUUCUUUAAGUGACCUGAUUCAUAGGUCUAAAUCUACAAACACAAAUUGUUAUCAUAAGAGAGAACUAAGAGGUAAAAUGCUAUUUAAAAAUGCUUCAGUUGGAGAACUGAGGUACCAUUCUUGACAUUUUAAAAAACUCCUGCAGAAGUUACGCUUGGCUUAAAAGGCAGCCUUUAAGCAUUGCUUCCUUCUUCCUCUUGUGGUCUAGAAUUCCUGAAAUCUGGAAUCUGAUCUGUGAAAGACUGUGUCAUCCACUGUCCAUUGGGGACAUCUCCAAAGGAAGAUCCACUGCUGUACUCUGCACUGGUUGCUGCAGGAAAACAAACCAAAAUGACUUAAUCGUUUAGUUGGUGCUCUGGCUGAAGGAAGAAAAGGCAUUUCCCCAAAUGUGCUGGUUACAGAUUUUGCCCACCAGGGGGCAUCCAUUCAUCUGUCUGACUGUAGAUGGUGGGUGGCUGAGGGUAGCCACCUCAGGGAAAUUCUAACCCAGGCAUGUCCAAAAUCCGUUUGGGGGGCCUAAUCCGGCCCGCUGGUUGAUUUAAUCCGGCCCCUGUGGCACUAUAUGUCCUGGGGUAAAAUCCUAAGAAAAGCUCAACAACUUUGGGGUAAAAUUGUAAAAAAACCUCAACAACUUUGGUCAGCCCUCACGCAUGUUCACUUCAUCAAAUCUGGCCCUCUUUGAAAAAACGUUUCGGCACCCCUGCAAGUCUAACCCAUUCCCCACCAUGAAAUUUUCAGCUACAAAAGCCAGCCAGCUGCUAUCCAUUUAAAAAAGAAGUUAAACAUGUACAACUUAAAGCAACUAACUUACUCAAUCUAUUUCAUUAAGAAAACAAUUUUUAAAAAACUAAAGAUGGCCAUAUUUUAGCCAAUUCUCCUAUAAGAAAGUAAGUGUGCUUCAAGAAUUCUAUGCCUUCCUCCAAGGCAUUCCUGUUGGUCUGUUUUCCACUGGAAGAGAAAUAUUUGCCCAUCAAAUGUCCCAUCUUUGGAAGGGUGUCUCACUUUGUGCUGACAUUAAUUACUGGGUUAGUGCCAUUACUUUUUAUUUGUUUUUUAGAUAGUAUUUUAACAAACAGUUUUGAUGUUAUGCGGCUCUGGUUCUAAUAUCUGGUUUAGUGCUCUGCUGCUUCAUAAAAGAUUGUUUAUUGCAUUUGUAGUUUCAUUUUUAUUUGUGAGCCACUAUGAGAAUCACUUGGGGCUGAAGAGCAAGAUAGAAAAUAAAUGGAAUUAAAAAGCCCAACUGUCACUUAAAAUUUGUAUUUUGUUAUUCUAUUUCACUAAAGAUGAUAAAUAAGUCAAAUAACCAUGAGUAACUUUUUGGAUUUUGGAUUUGCUAUUUCUCACUAAUUUACCAUGUCCCCCAACAGUACCCCUAGAUCCUCUGGCAUUAGCACUGCUGCUGCUGUGGCUGCUGCUGCUUAUCAUUAUUAUAGUCAUUAUCUUACAAGUGAUAAAGUGAGAGAGUGAAAGACAGAGAAAAUGUAUGGCAACUGAAAAGACUGAAUUUUACUUACACAGAUUUAUACAUGCUUCUCUAUGUCAGAUUUUAAAAAUAGAUAUAAAAAGUUACAUGUGAAUGCAGAAUGUGACUUCUACUUUAUAACACCUUAAUAGUUUAUACUUUUGCAUUGAGUUCCAAAUGCAGUGUUGCACUUGUCUAAAACAAAAGGAAUUAAUAGAACCAAUCCUAAUUAUCUUCUGCAUCAGGGAACAUGGAUUAAAAUGAAGAGAAAACAAAAUAUUCCCUAUACUCUACCUGUUCCAUUUGAAGGGAAGUUACAUGGUUCACCUUCCUCGGCUGUUUUCUCACCAUAAGCACCCCCGUAAGCUGCUUCAUAACCCGGAUCAUAUUUUUCUUCUUUGACAGCCAUUUUCUUAGCAUCCUCUGAAGAAACACACACACACACACAUACAUUGAAAGCUUAAAUCAAAUCUCUAACCAGACAUGAACAAGUGGUUAUAUGAGAAACAAAAAUGGAAUAUAAUAUAUGAUCACAGUGGAGAGACCUUAAUAUAGACAUGGAUGGAAAGAAACAGUAUGAUACAAUAUGGAAUAAUCUUGGUGUGAAUCAAUAAAAAGAAGAAAUAUGGUUAACACUUAUAAAUAAUUACAGUAUUUAGGGGACCUAUCUUGGACUUUCCAUAAAAUAAACAAAACGAUGACUAUGAGACACUGUAACUUAGAGGAAAUAUUGUUUAACAGACAGUGAAGUGGAUAGUAGUUCAUAUUGACCGAUGGUUUUAAAUAAUUUUAUAUUCUUUCUGCACAUGACCAGUACAGUGGAACCUUGGUUCUCAAAUGGCUUGGUCAAUGAACAAAUCAGCUCCUGAGUGCCAAAAAUCCAGAAGUGUUCCGGUUUUUGAACGCUUUUCGGAAGCU